GAUUCACUUAUCCAUAGGGUAUACACUUAAAGAAUUUCCUGCCUUCGGCCAUUCUCUUGGUUAAACACCAAAAUGACCUUACUAUUUUUUAAAUGAACGUGAACAUUUCUGAUACCUUGUUAGUUGUGGAAUUAAAAAAAUUGAUGAAAGGAAAACGGAGGGAGAAAUUUGUCAAUUCUUUUUUUGAAAACUGUUAAGAGUUAAGACACUGCCGUAAGAACUUAAAUUAAACACAUGUGCAGAAUUUCGAGUUCAAACUGAACGAUGUGCCUAAGGUGUAUUUUUUUAUUUCUUCGAAUGUAUUGCAUUCUUUCAAAAGGGUAAAAAGUAGUCCACGACCAAUUUUGGCAUGGUGGUGGACUCUUUAGCACUUUUGGCCCAAAGGAGAUGAAACGAAAUCAGCUUUGGAAAAACUGCACAGUGACUGCAUUGAAAUGAAAGAGGGGAAUUUUCAGGGUUCAUGUUUGGUUCAAAUGUCAAAAGAUCUAUAAAGAACGGCAACAUUUCACAGGUCCGAUCAGUUGAGUAAUAGAGGUGAACAAAAACGCACUGAGCAUUGACUAAAUAAAGUGACAACUCGAGUUCAGUGAGAAAAAAACCGAACACAACAUGAGUUAAGAUCUCAAUUGUCCAGACUUACAUUGGAAAUCUCUACCAAUCACACAAAUCAGGUAAGCCUUCGGAACUUAUGAAUAAUGACUUGAAACCAAAGGAAACAGUUUCAUCGCAAUUGUUGGUCAAUUUAGUUCCUCGUUUAUGCUCCGUUGGAACAAGCUCAGAAGGCGAGAGAUCGAGAAUGCUCCAUCUCUGGAAACCCCAUUUUUAUACAGUCGUACUGUGCUUAUGUCUGUGGGUCGUUGUGAAAGGAGCCAAUGAGGAGGGUGACCACCAAAACGGACAAGAGGAGCCGGAAGCUCAACCCGCACAACCAAGGGACAGUCAUGGAAAGUCCUGCGUGACCAAAUAUGUGACGGUCUAUGACACCAUUCAUGACACCGUGUACGUUGAUAAGUGUUCAACCAGCUACAAGAAAUCUUGCAAGACUGUCUAUGAGACCAAGUUUGUCACCAAAUAUCAGAAGAAGUGUGACGUUUCAUAUGUGCCCAAAUGCCAUACCAGUUAUGACACCAUUUUUGAGAAGAAAUGCGACGUCAGUUUUGACACCAAGUGUCUCACUUUCUACAAAACCGUCUAUGACACAAAGUAUGAGAAAAAGUGUGGACAUGUGUAUGUGGAGAAAUGCAAAGAUGUGGGUUAUGGUUAUCACAAAAAGAAGAAAUGUGAUCAUGUGCCCACCAAAAAAUGCCAAUCCCUACCCAAAAAGAUUCCACGCAAAAUUCCACAGAAAAAGUGCCAUAAAGUGGCAAAAUCACAUUGUGUGAACAUCCCCAAGAAGAUUCCAAAGAAGCAUUGUGCCUCAGUGCCUAAGAAAGAGUGCGCCAAAAUCCCAGUACACACACCCAAGGAUGUUCCCAAGAAGUUGUGCAAGAGCGUCCCGAAAAAGGUCUGCAAAUCUGUACCAUCAACCAAGAAAAGACAGGUGGCCAAACAAGUUCCCAGAAAGUUUUGCGGAGGAGGGGGUGGCUAUGGUCAUUCAGAUCACGUGGAAGAUCACGCCUAUGGCUCUGAUGAUCACUCUGCAUAUCAAGAACAUGAGUCCCAUCCUGACCUUUCCACAGAAACUUAUGGCAAUGGCGCCAUUCAUUUGGAUAAUGUUGAUGAUCAUGGCUCUCAUCACGUGGUGGAGCAUUUGGGAGAUGAUCAUCAUGGACACGGACACGGAGCAAUUCCACUAGUCCUGGAAGACUCUGAUCACCAUGAGCUUGGACAUCAUGAUGAUAUUGGAAACAGUGACGAGACCUUUGAGCUCCCUUCAAGUGGCCAUGAUGGUUCUUUAGAUGAAGAAUAUGUCAGCUACAAUGAGUAUGGAGGGGGCUUUGAGGAAAGAAGUCAUCAAAGUAACAAUGGCAACAAAGAUUUGCCUAGUGGAGAAGCAGCGACCGCUGUGCCCACUUACGUACCUUCAGACACUCCUGACCAUUACAAGGGUAAUCCAUUUUACUCGCGUCCAAGCAAUAGAAAACAUGACUUCUUUAGUGGACAAAUGUACGGAAGCAAUACCGCCUCAGAAUCGACCACAUUGCCCAAUUUUGUAGUGCAAAUUAAGCCAUUUCAGAUGCCACAAUUUUAAUUGUGCGUGAAUUCUCAGCUACUGAUUACCGUGUAAUGUAUAGCUUAUCAUCGUCGCAAAAUGUAUGUUUUAGUCAAAAUAAUAUGAAUUGCCGCCCCUUG